AUGGCUUCCAAAACCCACAAGACCUGGCAGGAGGAACUUGCUGCUGAGUGCCGAAAGCAUCGGCUUCCGACUCCCAUCUUCAACAUUGUUUCUGAUCGCCGCGGUGGCCGUACAGCCUGGUCUGCUACAGUGACCAUUCAGGGACAGAAUCUCGCGGCCAGAUACUGGUACGAUGGUCAAUACCUGCACAACGCCAAAGAAGAUGCUGCCGAAGUGGCAUGCACCAAACUGCGCAACCCCUCAAUCACUGCUGGUCAUCAAACCAUCUAUCGCGCUGGACAAGGCUACGCUCAGAGCGGUGGUUGGGCCCGUUAG